GCUAUCUGUAGUGUCAAAUAACAUUGAUAAAUAACAAUAUAUCUUACUGUGCGUUUAACUCUGUCGAACGUUUACUGAAUUUCAGCAAGUUAUUAUUUUAUAUGGAUUAAUGUGUCGUAGAUCUUGAACACUUGUGGAUAGUUUUAAUAUAAUAUAUUGUGAAAAGAUCAUUUGCUAUUGGACCACAUUGUAUUUAUUUAUUAUUUAACGACGGUUUUGAAAUGAAGCGGAGAACAAAAAGAUCGCAGUUAAUUUCGAAAAAUAACUUCCCAAUAUUUUGCUAUACAAGUGAUCGCGUAACAUAUCUUAUAGAAGAAAUUAACUUUGUUCAAAAGAAACAAAAUCAGCCAAUUAGCUUCGGGGAUAUUCGCAUCGACGAAGUUUGUUUCAGCACCGACUUUUUUGGGAAAUGUUUAGAACUAUUUAGUGAUUCUGCUAACAAAACACAAAGUUCCGUUAACCAAAUACAUGUUAUCCAACCACACAUUUGUAUUGUUCAUGGGCAUGACAGUAUCUUGAGCUUAUAUAAAGAGAAACUGGUUCCAGAAUGUAUUGUGGUUAUUGGUAAUAGCAAGGUACUUUUAGAUGAGAAAGAGACGGGCAUGGCGAUGGUAGUGCAUUCAUCAUUAGAAAAUGUAAAACAAGACAUAGAUCUUCUUUUGGAGCGUUACGUGUUUCGCUUUUUGCGGGAGUUCGUAGACCAAAAAGAAUGUUCCCUGAGCUAUCAUAGAUUGUUAACAAAUGAUUGUGUGUCUCGUGAUAAACCUGUUUGGAAAGGCGAAAAUGACCGGACGUUGACUGAUUUAAUAUCUUACAAACGACAAAGAGAUUUUGCAGAUCCCGGUACAUUGCGAUCAGGAAAGCGAUUCCGAUCCUCAGACAGCGUUAGCGAUUCGGCAAAAGACGAAGAAAUCCAUAUUCUUUUUCAAGACGCGAUGGCUUUAUUCAAGAGAAGCAGCGUGCCUAAAAAUGAGUGGCCGGCGAUGAAGUGCAUCAAUACCCGCGUCUUAAAACCUGAAGUGGCGAGAGAUUUAUUUGCCAUUGAUUCAAGCAUUGACGGUUGUGGAUAUCAGCACCAUGUUCUGCAGAUAUAUCUCAAGAGGCAUGCCAACACAGCAUUGGAUAAAACUUUAACAACUAUGUUGCAUCGACAUUCAAUUUACAACUAUCGCUUCCAUUAUAACGUGAGUGCGAUACAACCGCUUGCAGGUAUCCAUGUUGGAACCAAACUUCAACGAAGCGAUUGUUUUGCAACAUUAGGAGGAUUUGCCAAAAAAGGCACACGUCUGCAUGUUUUAACUUCGCGACAUUUUAUUAGGAAGACAAGAACCAAUUACAUAUAUCAUAAAAUAGACGGAGUACACGCUGAGGGUUUUGCCACUGUUGAGCGGAGUAAAUUGCGUGGUGAACUUGACAUUGCAGCAGGUCUUGUAUUGCCUGGUUGUGAAAUAUCCGAAACCAAGUUUAAAGAUUCACGAGGUAUAGCAACACAAAGUUCCCUGUUUGAUUUCCAAGGUCAAAGCGAAGAACAGACUACUGACAUGUUACGGGGAGAAUAUAUUUUCUCCUGGACGGCUGAAUGUACCGAGCGGCCAAAAGUGGGGAAGAUAAGUAUUCCGUUAUAUAUCAGACCUGAUUUUGAGUAUAAAUACUUAUUGAUAAAAAAUCGUGCGAAUAAUGGAAACAACCCGUUUGGCCGUGCUGGAGACAGUGGGGCGAUUAUCUGCAGAGAUGAAAGAGGAACUCAUGCGGUCAACGUGAUAUCGAUGUUUAUAGGAAAACGACAAUCGGAUGGAAAUGAAGAAUAUAUAACAUUACCUCUUCAGCAAGGGAUUCAACAAUUAAGCGGAGAACUUGGAGGUGAUUUCCAGAUAUGCUAAAUUAUUAUGCUGAUAUACUUUACAUACGUUACGAAAGAAAUACAUGUGGUUUUGAAGAUAAAAGGAAACUUAUUUGUGAACUUUUGCAUAUCAUUGUUUGGAAACAAUGACUUAUAAGAAAACCAAUAGCUUUAUAUCUAUUCAGGGUCUAAAAACUAAAAACGCAAUCGUGUGUGUUUGCUUUAUACUUUAUGCAUUGUAUGCUAUGUUUUGUCGUUUUCGGUUUUCUUAAAUACGGUCGCCACAUUGCAUAACCGUAUGGAAACCAAGAACUCUGAUGUCUUCUUCGCUACGUCAAUACAUUAUACAUAUAAACAUAACGGAGAGAUACGAACACUUUUAUGGUCUCUGCAACAAUCCAUUAGGCUUCUUAUUGACUGCAUUAUGUAAAUUAAAUAUGUAAUCUUUCUUCUCGUUGCAGAUAUGUAUUACUUGUAGACCAACACUUAAAAAUAAGUAUGGUGUAUGCGUAACAGAAAAUAAAUGUUUAUGGUCAUUAUUUAUGUUUACGUUGUAAGUGUUGCUGAGUGCUGAGGUUUGUUAUUAACAUUAGAUAUAAUUGUGCAUUGUAUAUAAUGACAUGUUACUUUGAAGUGCUUGUAUAAAUAAAAGUUUAACUACUUUGGCUCAUA